GUAUCAUAACCAAAAACGGAGAUCAUGUACAUGCUGCCGAAAGGGAUCGCGGUACGCCCGUUCACGGUCAGCGCCGCCGUCCAGACGUUCAAGCAGACAGAUCGGUUUGUGUACCUCGGACGUACCAUCUCCGCGGACGGGAAGGCCGACAGGGAGAUCACGAGCCACAGCUGCCGAGCGUGGAAGUGCUACCGCCGGAACAGUGCUUCGAUGUACGACAGGCGACGGGCCGACCGCCAGCUCAAGAUCCGGCUACUCCAGGCUGAAGUGGUGGAGACUCUCCUGUAUGGGUGCGCCUCGUGGAGCCUUACAGCGGAGCACUACACGAAGCUCAAUGGGACCCACCGCCAGUUCCUUAGCUGGAGCAAGCGGAAACGCUCAGACCGCCCCCUGUCCUAUGCCCAGGCCCUCAUCCAGGCAGGCUGCGAGGAAAUUAUCGAGACCACCGUGGGCAAACGGAGACUGUGUUUCGCGGGCUUUGUUAUGCGCAUGGAGGACAGCCGCCUCCCCAAGCACAUGCUGGGGGGCGUGGGAUACCGGGGCGGGCAGGAGAGCGACUGGGUGUCUCGUCUAGCAGAGGACCUCGUGGCCUUCAACAUUGGAGACGAAAAGGAAGGGGGGAAAUGGAAAGAGAGCGCCAAGGACCCCGAGGGGUGGUACAACAAGGUCGAGGACGGGGCGGCAUGGUUCAUGAGGAAAUGGCACAGGCAGGAGGCGGAAGCGUCCGCGAAGCGCCAGCGCGCGAGGGAAGCAGAAGCAGAGAGUAAGGCCAUCUCAGGACCGACGAGAAAGAGAGUCGGGGAAGCGGCGGUGAGGGGGAAGAAACGGCGACCGGACGCUGCUGCUGUAGAAGCGAGUAGGGCGGCCGAGGCAGCACUUGUGGCGAACUAUGUACCCGGCUGAUGUUGUUGCGCCCUGUUUCCCGCCCUGCUGUAUGCUAUACUCCUCUGUGUAUGUCCUUUGAAUUGCCUUCGGCCUCUGUGCUGUGUUUCUUUUUUUUCAUGUUCUCCCUGCCUACUCUGCUGCGUUGGGUACCUUGAUCUCGCUUUUGCUGUUGCUUUUGUUUUUUGUACAUCUAUUACGGUGGAACAUAGUAGUCAAGACCAAAUUGGAAUAUUGUGUAUCUUCGUCAAUACGGAGUCCCCUAUCACAAACUAUAGCGCAAACUGACGACAAAGCACAGAGCUCUCUAAAAAAAAAAAAAAAAAUCACCUUGUCUUCGAGUAAUAUUACGAAAUUAGUGUGUGUGAUCGCACCCGGCGAAGUUCCAAAAAUGUUGAAGCGCGGUGUUCCAACGAUGCGGCCCCAGGGCUUGCACAAGUAAUCCAUAUAUUGAUUGAACAGGAUGAUACAGCCAUCUCAAUUGCGAAAUAUCAAACAAUAUGUCAGCUUGCACUCAGAAUGGCGCCUUCUGUGCAGCCCCUUCGUGUCGCUGUUCGGGAAUCAAAGUCGAAAAAUAUUGGCCCAAAAAGGGCAUCUGUUUUUGGCUUUUUUUUUUUUUUUGGCAUUUUUUUUCAGCCCUCAAUGGCAUCUUCCGCGUCCUCACCCAGCCACUCAUCCGUCUGCUCCUCCACCCCAUCCUCUAUCUCAUCCUCGGCCGUAGCCUCUUGCCUCUUGGUACUCUGCCACUGGAUACUCAAGGCUACCGAUCGUACCGCUCAGGUUUCCACCAUACAGGCCGAUCCACUCGUCCAUCUUGCCAAUGGCAUGCUGCACCAACUUUCCACAGUUGGCUGCCUUCCACCCCCUCUCCUGACCGUCCCAUUCCGGGUCUCCAUACCAACCGAGACGGAUUUGCUUCCAGACAUCCAACAUGUUCCGCCCCUUCUCAAAAUGAAUGCUCACGUAAUGCUUGCCGUGCUGCCAGAACAGCUCGAUCGGGUGGAAAGUCGGCGUGUACGGCAGUGUCCAAAUUAACCCCCACCCCUUCUCCCUCAUGUACGUCUCAGCCUUUUCCUCGAGCUUUUGUGGAAAAUUCUUUUUGAAGUACGUCCGAGUGACGGAGGCUAUC